ACAGUGGUUAGUUCGCUGUCCAUUUCGAAAAAUUCUGGAAACCCUUGAGCAUAAUAACGAAGUCAACCAAAAUGGGUUUUCCUCGCUUUCAGCUUGGAUGACCUAUUGGAAUUGCCAUGGAAGACACUACAAAAUAUGGAGCUUCGACUGUACUCUUAACAAGUGUAAUUGCAACGAAGGAAAAGUCCAAUGAAAUCGAUGGAUUUCCUUGUGUGUCGCCCUUGGACGACGGUAAGAUUCUCCACAAGGAGAAGCAGUUGCCUACACAGCUGAUGGACAGAUGGCGGAAGGCAGCACUUGCAGUGUCGUAUGCCUCUGUAUUCACAACCUUUGUAAUCGGAGUUAGUGCAUUUGUUAUAUCCAGUUUAGCUAAAAGCUCUGCGGCGUUUGGGUUUGCAUUUGAUUCAUUCUUAGAUGUUUGUUCAUCAUUGGUUGUAAUUUGGAGAUUUUGUGGUGCAGCAGGGAAGACUUAUUCAUGGGAAAGGGAAAGAAGAGCCUGUAUAGCAAUUGCGGUAUUAUUUAUUUUAUCUGCUACUGGUAUUUUUAUUCGAGCUCUCAGAUCCUUGGUUGUGGAGAGGCAUCCAAUCAGGGUAUGGAGAUUCUCAUCUUCUCAUCAGUUAUUUUUUAGUUAAUAUUAAGACUACUUAUUCAUUUGGUGAGCAAGGAUUAAGGCAUCUCAUAAUCCCAUUUUUUUAAAUAAAAAAACAUAAUUACAUGUAUUUAUAAUAAUAAAUUAUUUACAAAAAAGGUAUCAUUAGGUUCACUUUGUAAAGAAAGUCAAUCUUGGACAUCUGAUAGCCUGGGUCUAGUAGCUUUUCCAGGCAGGUUUUAUCCUCCCAUUGGCCAUGUGCAAGUGAAGUUUCUUGGUAAAAAUUUUGAGGAAAUUCAAAUGACAGAAGCACCAUGUAUUAAUUUAGGAGAUUCUGUCAUACAUGUAAAUCUGGCAGGAUAUUAGGACAGUACACAUAGCUUCCGAUUGGCCAAUUGUGAGUUUGAAAUUAUAUUAUUUGAUUAUUACUGAUUAUGGCUUUUUACUUUUUAAGUACCUGACAGUACAUGCAGUUAUUGAAUUUGUGUCUGGUUAUAUGUGACUGCUCCU